AGCAUUGUGCAAUAUCCCACCAGCAAACAGAUAUGCUCUAAUUGGCAUUAAUUGAAAAGCAUCCUUGCCUCAAGGAGCCAGGAUCUGUUUCAGGGUACGAUGGAUGGCUGUCAAGACUUAAAAACAAAAUGGCCAGCUACCGGAAAAAAUUAAAAUAUCUUGGAUGCCCAGAGUUGGCUGUCAACUCAUCACAACACAAGAGGCCCGCUGCUGUCAAAAAACCACGCAGAGCUGAACUAAACUACCUCCCCCCACACCCGCCUGGAGAAACAACCCAGAAUCUUGAGAAAAUCCGUGUAGAACUUCUUAGGGAGGUCAACAUUAGGAAUAAUUGGAAGAUCGUUAAUGAGAUGAUGGCUAGAACUUUUUCAAGUCGGAGGAAGGAAAUAGUUGAGGACAGCCCAGCCAUAGAGCAGCUGGUGAAAAGAUGGCCUGCAUUAUUUCAUAGCACUCAGAUCGAAGAAGAAUUCAAAAGACUGACUGCUGUUGAUCUGGAGUCAACAUUUAUAGGAAACUUGGACAAUUACACGGAGAAGCUCCUCUGUUUGUUUCGCACAAAGGGAGGAAGUGCUGGGUGCAAAAUCCGUAAUUUUAUGAAAUUGCUGGACCAGGAUGAUGGCGUGGACAAGCGUAGAGAGGUAGUGAUAUGCUGCUUGAUUGUGUACCUCUCUGAAAAUGCUGAGCAUCUCAUUGCACAUUACACGGACAUCCGUGGUGAAAUAAGCCAAGAUGACCUCGCACAGCACACACUGAAGAUUGUCACAAAAGGGGGCUCGGCGGAUGGCAGUCCUUUAGAGGCAGGAAUAGUCUUGGAAGGUGUUCAGGUCCUGUCAGGAUUGUCAGGUGUUGCAAAGGCCUGUGUUGCCCUAUUUGGCCUGAUGUAUGCUGUGAACCUGAGUUACCCUAAAACACUUAGGUAUACAUUUGAAUUUUUCCAGAAAAUUCUGCUUGAGCUAGACAGUGAAAAACUUUCACCAAAGAUUCUGUCUUUGAAGAACAAGUUGUUCAGUUAAAAUAAUUCUCAUUGAAUAGUCAAGUUGAUGCUUGUGGUAGCUGGUUAUUGUUAUUUGUUAUUGCUUUGAUGCAUAUUUCCUGAUAUUGAUAUUGCAAAAGCAUACUAAAUGCCAUAGCACUGACCAAUACAAGGCCCACAAAACACACAUAUGCAAGCAUACACGCAUACAGCAGCACAUAGAUUGCAUAAAAAACAUACUCAACACUAUACCCACAGGUAUCAAACAUAGUGAUGCACACACAUAGAAACGUACACGCCCCAGUCACACACACACACACACGCACACACACACAUUUCACCCAUGAUGAUACUUAUUGUUGUUAAUUGUUCCACAGUUAAUUGAACAUCUCUCUCUCACAUACAUUUGCCUGUUCAGACAUUGGCUGGGCUGCUGUGAUGUUUAUUUCCAGCCACAGUUUUUGUCAAAUGCCUGUUGAACAUUAGAAUAUAGUGCACAACGUUGUACAGUCCACAACCACCUAACACAUAUAAAGACAACAUGCACACAAACACACAUGUUCCAACAUACAAACACAUACCAAAAUACACACACAACCCAUACAGCAUACAUGUAACAAACUCAGUGCACUUUAUCCAUGGAUACCAAACUGUUAUUAAACUUAUGCUGUGAUGUAUUUCUCAUCACCAAUAACAUUGUUUGUGUAACAGCUUAUGAUGAAAGGAUAACAAUAAAAACAUUUUAAUUUCA